AUGACUACUCAAUGGCUGCCUUUGGAGUCAAAUCCGGACGUUUUUAAUGAUGUAAGCUUUUUCUGAACUUCUUGAAAGGUUGUAAAAUACGAUUUUUUCAUUGUGAUCUUGAAAAUGACAUUUUCAUUUUAUAAAAUAUUUUUAGUUUUUAACCAGAAUUGGAGUCAAAAAGGCCAAAUGUGUUGAUGUAUAUGGAUUUGAUGAUGAAUUGAUAUCCUUCAUUCCUAAACCGCAUUUGGCAUUGAUCUUGUGCUAUCCGGACUAUAAAAAGGUUAGUGAAAUACUUUUUUGGGGCAAAUUUAGUUGUGGACAUAAAAUCUUGGGUUUAAGUUCGGGCGCAGCUUGGGAUUGCAUUUUUUAAUCGUUUAGACUUUUACUUUCUUUACGUACUGGUAAUUGGCAAUAACUUUCUUUACAACACGAAAAAUAGCAAGAAUUUUUUUUACAAAACACAAAAUGGCAAGAACUUUCUUUAAAAAACAAAAAAUGGCAAUAACUUUAUUUACAAAACAAAAAAUGGCAAGAACAUUCUUUACAAAUUGAAAAAUGGCAAGAACUUUUUUUACAUAGCAAAAAAUGGCAAGAACUUUCUUUACAAAACAAAAAAUGGCAAGAACUUUCUUUACAAAACAAAAAAUGGUAAGAACUUUCUUUACAAAACAAAAAAUGGUAAGAACUUUCUUUACAAAACAAAAAAUGGUAAGAACUUUCUUUACAAAACAAAAAAUUGUAUGAAUUUUCUUUACGAAUCGAAAAAUGGCAAUAACUUUCUUUACAAAACAAAAAUGGCAAGAACUUUGUUUUACAGAGCGAAUUUGGCUGAAAACUUGAAAAAUGUAUUAUUCAUUGUAUAAAAUGUCAUCGACAGCUUGCAAAACUUUAUUUGCGGAUUGAUUUUUGGUUUUAAGUGACUUUUUUUCCAAUUUCAGGUAGAUGAAAUCAUGAAGCCAGUGUACGACAAGGUCUCGGCCGAAGGCGCAAUCGUACCGGACAAGAUCUUCUUCAUGAAACAGAAAAUUUCGAAUGCCUGCGGCACUUUCGCUCUGUUCCAUUCGAUCGCUCAAAAUACUGACAAAUUGGAUAUUGGCCAAGGGUCCUUCGCCAAAUGGUUUGAAGAUGCCAAGAAGGUUGGUGUAGAUGAACGGUCGGAUGUGUUGGCUAAGUCGAAUGACAUCACGGAACAGCACGAAACCUCGGCUGCUGCCGGCGACACUGAUGCGGAUCCGAACACUGUUGAACAUCACUUCAUUACCUACUGUAAUAUCGAUGGAACGCUGUAUGAAAUUGGUAAGUGAUAUUGGGGGAAUUAGUGUGUGGUACAGUAGGAAAGGCAAGGUUACGGUAGGGCAGAUAGAGUAAUAUCAUGUAUAGAAGGAUAGGGUAGUGAGGUAAGGUAGAAUAUGGUAGGACAGGUAUUCAUCUUCUCGAAAUUUUUUUAAAUUAAAAAUUUGAAUUUCCAGAUUCCCGCCAACCAUUCCCAAGAGCCUGUGGCCAAACCUCUCAAGACAGUCUUCUGAAAGACGCUGGCGCAGCGGCCAAAGAGCUGAUGGACAAGCUGGGAAAUGUCUCGUUCAGCGCAUUGGCUUUGGUCGGCGAUGCCUAA